AUGCAGUCGCUACGAUCGCAGUACACACCCAAGGUGCUUCCUCCUGUUCCUCCCGAUACACCCAUCAUUCUCGUCCACGACCACUCCCAGAAAACGGUUCUUACAACGCUCUAUAUCAACGGAAAUAAUGAGUUGAACUUUGAGUCCAUCUACAAGUCCAUCAAAUUACUGCUCAAGCAUCGAAUAUGCUCUCAUCGACAGUCUGAAGACCACUGGCCCUGCACUCCAUGUGCCAAAGCAUUCUCCACGACGUUCUGGGAGGGCGCCUGUCGUCUACUCGACUACUUCGCCGACUUCCUCAUGUACGACAAUGGUGUCAUGUCCGGACUCUGGUUUUACCUGCUUGAUAUCUGGCACGAGAUGCACGUUUGGUUUCCUUGCGAUGCAGUCUUGGCAAGAGGAGUUACGGGUUCCGGCAGCGAGAUUGCGCUAGCUGCUGCGCACUCAUUCAAGUCCGAUUUCAAAGCUACGGUAGAGCUUGUAGACAGAGUAAUACAUGGUACCGAGAGCAGGAAAGUGCACAGGGAACAGCUCAUACAUACGCCAAGCGGAGAAACGUGGGGUCCAGCGGGAGCCUAUAACACGGGACCGUGGGUGAGUGGAUUGAAGCCUUGGGAGCAAUUCCUACAUAAAGGAAGCCCGGGUAUUGCCGGCUUCGAGGAAGAUGACAAUGACUCUGUACGCUACGUUCCUAUGGCAGCGAUUGGCAUCAUCAAGACGCACACAGAGCGCACGAGACGACUGGCUUUUCAGUUGAACUCCGACCCCGCGUUCCUGAAAGCCUUUGAUCAGAGUAGUCUUCAGUUCCCACAGUCUAUUGAUGCGAAGCCACUCGUAUAUACGCUCAACAAUGUCACAACGCGAUACCGCUUGGUCAACGGUGCGCCACCCAUCUUGCGAUACCCCGGCUACGGCGACCCUCAUCAGUCGUGCUCAAAUCAGACACUUACACUUCUGGACGAGUUUGUGGGUCAAUGCAAAGACGUCCCGGUGUAUAGGCCUGUAUCUGGAGAUGAGGACGAGCAUGGAGACGAAGGUAUGAUGGCAUUCGACAUGUGGGCCGUCUCUCAGCGGACGAAUCCUGAAAAGAACUUGAAGAACAUCACAAUGGCGAAAGGUUGGGAUGAGAAGUUCAAGGAGCUUUGCACUAGGAGUGCAUCCUGA